GAGGUAUUUACCCUAACCAGCAUGCAUUGCCUCCAGGGCAUGAUUAAUUGGAUAAGGUGACGUCAGCUCAGUUGAACACACCCGUGUGAGAUCAGGCGCCAUGCCUUCUCCUAUUCCCGUCACGCGCCUGUUACGGAAAGACAUCUACCCGUCUGCAGACAUCGCGACUUGUAGCAGCCCGCUCUUUCAGCUGUCCCAAGGGUCCACCUUGCAGGUCCCUCCCCAGCGGUUACAUGGUAAAGUCGCAAGCCGCCUCUGGUCCUCCGUGAUUUACUGGGAUCAGCUGCGCUCCGUGGAAGUUGUGGGCUCCGGGGGUUUCGGUUCCGUGUAUAAGGCGGAGUACCUCGGGGAAACUGUUGCGCUGAAGAAAGUGAAAAAGAGCACAAAGAACAAGCUGGCCUCCCGACAGAGUUUCUGGGCUGAGCUGAACGCCGCACAUCUCCAUCAUAAGAACGUCGUGCGCAUCAUCGCCGCAAGCACGUGCGUGCUGGCGGACUUGGAGGAGGAAGCGAUCGGAGCGAUCGUCAUGGAGUUUGUGGGCAGCAGAAAUCUGCAGCAGAUCAUUUAUGAGAGCUCGGAGGAUCUCGGGGAGGACCGGUGGCUGAAGUACUCCACAGACAUCGUGAAGGGCUUGAGCUUCCUUCAUUCCCACAGUGUUGUGCAUCUGGACAUCAAACCAGCCAACGUGCUGGUGUCACGGGGAGAAGUGUGUAAAAUUGCCGAUUUUGGUUGUUCCCUGAAGCUGGACCGUGACUGUGAAGUGAGCGCCGUCAGCCCCCAGGUCAGCCACGGAUGUGGCACGUAUUCACACCGAGCCCCGGAGCUGCUCAAAGGCGAGCAGGUGUCUCCUAAAGCGGACAUCUAUUCGUUGGGGAUAACCAUGUGGCAGCUUUUGACCAGAGAGCCCCCCUACACGGGUGACAGGCAACACGUCCUCUAUGCUGUUGUGGCUCACAAUCUGCGGCCGUCUGUAUGUGACCACCAGGUGUUUCUUUCUGUGCUGGGGAAGCGGUGUGCGGAGUUGCUGGGCCGCUGCUGGAGCGCUGAUGUCCGCUGCAGACCCAGUGCUGAGGAUGUGCUGCAUCAGCUUGAGCUCCUACGGUCACCUAGCUAUGAAAUGCUGAAGCGGCUGCCUGAUUCUGAUGGAGAUGCUGCAUGGCUCCUGGUGUCAUCCUGGACAUCCCAGUUCCUUUCAAACCAAACAGCGACUCUGUAUCUAAAGCAGAUGUAGUGACUGAUGAGGCUUAUCUGCAGCACCGUUCUAUUUUUAGAAAUCUAAACUUGCAAUGUUCUAACUUGAGACACUCUAAAGGCAGUGUGUAAUACAGCUUCCUGUUUCCUGCUUGAUUAAAUAUAAGCAUGAAAAUACAAAUUGAUCUC